AUGAGCGCUGGCCCUUUCCCCGUGGCCCGGGCGGCUGGCCUCGGGCUCGGCGUCCUGGCCCUGCUGUCCCUCUGCCUGGAUCAAGGUGUGGCAGCCAAAGAGCUCAAGUUCGUGACGCUGGUGUUUCGCCACGGAGACCGAAGUCCCAUUGAAACCUUUCCUAAUGAUCCCAUUAAAGAAUCUGCUUGGCCACAAGGAUUUGGUCAACUCACACAGGUGGGGAUAGAGCAGCAUUACGAACUUGGAGAAUAUAUGCGAAGAAGAUAUGAAAACUUUCUGAACGAGUCUUAUAAACAUGAACAGGUUUACAUUCGAAGUACGGACGUUGACCGGACUUUGAUGAGUGCCUUGGCGAACCUCGCAGCCCUGUUUCCCCCGAAAGGCCCCAGCGUCUGGAAUCCCAGCCUGGCCUGGCAGCCUGUCCCUGUGCACACGGUGCCCCUCUCUGAAGACGGGCUGCUGUACAUGCCUUUCAAGCAAUGCCCUCGCUUUCAAGAACUUGGAGAGGAGACUUUGAAGUCAGAGGAAUUCCAGAAGAGGCUUCGUCCUUACAAGGAUUUUAUAGAAACUUUGCCAAAACUUUCAGGACAAAAACGUCAAGACCUUUUUGGGAUUUGGAGCACCAUCUAUGACCCCUUAUUCUGUGAGACUGUAAAUCACUACACGAUGCCCAACUGGGCUACUGAGGACACCAUGGUAAAGUUGAGAGAACUGUCAGAACUGUCUCUCAUGUCCCUCUACGGAAUUCACAAACAGAAAGAGAAAUCCCGACUCCAGGGGGGUGUCCUGGUCCGUGAAAUCCUCAAUAACAUGAAGACUGCGACGCAGCCCUCAAGCCCCCGGAAGCUCAUCAUGUAUUCUGGACAUGACACCACCAUAAGUGGCCUCCAGAUGGCACUAGACGUUUACAAUGGACAGCUUCCUCCCUACGCCUCCUGCCACAUAACAGAGUUAUACCUGGACAAAGGGGAGUACUUCGUGGAGAUGUCCUAUCGCAACGAGUCGCAUCACGAGCCGUAUCCCCUCACGCUGCCGGGCUGCAACCACAGCUGUCCCCUGACCACGUUUGCUGAGCUGGUUGCCCCUGUGAUCCCCAGAGACUGGGCUUCAGAGUGCAUGCUCACAGCUGACCACCAAGUUCUAAAGGUGGUUCUUGCCGUCGCCUUCUGCCUGGUGGCCAGCGUCCUGGUGCUGCUGCUGUUCACGCUCAUCCGCCACGGGCCGUGCUGGAGAAGAGAGUACUCUCAGGACUUCUGA